AUGAACGCUGCUGCAAACGCUGCCGAAAAGUUGAUGAGGAAAGGCGAGACGGGUGCUGACAUUGUCACAGACGUCGCGAACCCAGCCAGCAACCCAGAAAAGUAUGCUGAUCCAAGUGGCGAGAAAAUGCAAGCCCUUGCAUGGAUUGGUGCCAACGAC